AUGACUAGUAAUUGUACAGAUACGUCAAAUGAUGAUUAUAAAAUCUUCUGGUUUGAUUAUUUUGUUUCAAUUGGUUAUAUCGAUAAUUCAGAUCUAGUAAAUCUCUAUGCACCGUAUGGCAAAUGUACACGUUCAUUAUUAUGGUUAACUUAUUUAAUAAAUAUUGUUCAUUAUUUCUUUCUAUCAACCGGUAUUCUCUAUCUUUUAUGUCAUCAUCGAAAUCAAAGUGGAUUUUGGUGGCCAUUUAUUAAUUGGAUUGUAUCAUUUAUUUUUAUAGUUUCAUCGGUUAUUCUUUUUGUAUUUCUUAGGUACUGGUCAGCAAUCUUUGCAGCUGGUUGUACGGUUAUUUCAACUAUUUUAUUGGAUUAUAUUUUCAUGUGGCGUGGACAAAGAACAGCAUCGACAAGAGUUAGUCCAGCACUAAUAGGAGUCAGUCCAACACCAGUAAUUCAACAGAAUAAUAUUGAAGAUCGAGCUACAUCACCUGUUGAUUCAAUAAUAUUAGAAGAUUUCUGUCAACAACCAGAAGCAGCUUCGCAUCAAAUAUAUAAUAAUAAUGAUUAUACAAGACAUUUUUGUAUUCAACGAAUUAAUCAACGAUCGGAUAGUGUGCAAUCAAACAACUCACAAAAUCAAGAAUGCAGUGAUGAAAGAAAUGCAAAUAAUUUAUUGACAGCAGAUGAAACUGAAGCCUAA